AGGCAGAGGCAGGCUUGGGGAGCUGAGCUGUGUGGGGCAUGGUGUUCGCAGGGUGCAGGACUGCGUGGCGCUCGGCCGCCCCACAUAGAGAUCCUGUCCCCUUCCCUUCAGGGGCUGUCACAGGGACAUGGUGAUACUCCGAGCAGGCCUCUGCCCCGGCCUUACGGCAGAGAUGAUCCAGCUUCUGAAAGCCAACAGCAUCGCUACAGUGGUGGACCUUGUCUCCUCGGACCUGGAGGAAGUUGCCCGGAAGUGCUGCCUGUCCUACAAGGCCCUGGUCGCCGUGAGACGUGUGUUGCUGGCACAGUUUUCAGCCUUUCCUGUCAACGGGGCGGAUCUCUACGAGGAACUCAAGAGCUCCACAGCCAUCCUGUCCACAGGGAGCAAGAGCUUGGAUAAGCUGCUGGACUCUGGCCUGUACACUGGGGAAGUGACCGAGCUCACAGGAGCGCCCGGCAGUGGCAAGACACAGGUGUGCCUCAGCAUAGCCGUGAGCACGUCCCACGACCUCAAGCAGAACGUCCUCUACGUCGACUCCACGGGCGGGUUCAUGGCCUCUCGCCUGCUCCAGCUGGCUCAGACCAGGACAGGGGAUGAAGAGGAGCAGGUGGAGGCUCUGCAGAGGAUUCAGGUGGCCCGGGUGUUCGAUGUCUAUAAAAUGCUGGAUGUGUUACAGGAGCUCCGGUGCAGCGUGUCCCAGCAGGUCCUGAGCUCCUCUGGGCCGGUGAAGGUGCUGGUGGUUGACUCCGUCUCAGCGGUGAUUUGCCCGCUCCUCGGAGGCAGGCAGGCGGAGGGCUUGGCCCUCAUGAUGCAGCUGGCCAGGGAACUGAAGACACUCGCCAGAGAACUGAGCAUGGCUGUUGUGGUGACUAACCACGUGACCAGAGAUGGCAGCAGUGGUCACCUGAAACCAGCCCUAGGUCGCUCCUGGAGUUUUGUGCCCAGCACCCGGGUGCUGUUAGAGAGCAGAGAAAGCACUUGGGGACAAGCUAGCACCCGUCGCAUUGCUUCCUUAACAAAAUCGCCCCGGCAGCCAACUGGGAUUGAGGUGGAGCUGGACAUCGGAAGCUGUGGGGUAUUGGAAGAGAGCCCAGCUGCAUCCGGAGAGGGACGCUGAUGGAGGGUGAAAAGUGAACAGCAGAUUACAAGGGCCUUUACCGUGGGCACCUUUGCAGCUAACAUUACUGAAGACUGCAGAACCAGACCACGUUAGCCAAGCCAUCUUGGUGGCCAGGAGAGAUGCUUGGAGUCCCAGUAGAAAGGACUGUAGAAACAGGUCUGUUUCCUGUUGUCUUUGCCAAUUAAGGAACUCCCUCAUCUUGGACAAGGGAGGUUUGGGGUUCCAAGGAGAUCUCAGAGGAAUGCGUUUGAGUCAGACAAGCGCUGCGUGUGGCUGUAGCACUUUUCUGGAGUGCAUUAAAACCACAAGCCCUUUCCUGGGGGUUCUGUGGAUUAUCAGGGGAACCUUUGUCUCAGGGUGUCAUGGGAUCAGCAGGAAUUUUGCUGAAUUAUUUGAUGAAUAAACACCAGGCUGUUGGUAACGUGGCUUUUUAUAACCAACUGCUGCCUGAUCCCAGAACCUCCAGCUCUCUAGUGAGGGUCCCUGGGAGGCCUCAAAGAAUACCGUCAAGACCUUCACGAGCUGGAAUUCCAUCUACUGUAGCUGCCAUUAGUUUUAGUCCUGUUAUACCUCUAAAGGAUCAUCACUACAGCAGCCUUCAGGCCUGGGUCCCGCUCUGCUUAUUCUGUAGCAGCACUAGGGUGGACACAGGCUGCUAAAGGGAAACCACAUGAUAAGUUCUCAGAGCUUUUUAUGGUCACAUCUUUUCGACCCAGAGUAAUCAUGGGUAGUUUGUAGGUGGGGGCAGUGGUAUUUUAGUGUAUAUUGCAUAAAGAGUUGCUGCUACCUCAUGGAAAAAGGUAUACGUGUCUUGGGCCAGAGCCUUAGCUGGUGCAAAUUGGGUGUUGCUCCUGAUUGACAGCAGUGGAGCAUCUGGUCCCGUGUUUACGCACUUUUUGGCUGAUGUAUUUGAUAUCAC